AUGGCAUCAGCGGCACGAACUGUGCUGACCUUCCAGCGCAAUGCAAAGCUCCAUUCUUUGCAAACACUGAUCACGGCGAUUCGACCAUUUGGCAGCUUGGAGGCUGAGAAUCGUGAGCUAUUUAAGCAAGGCACCGACGAAGACUAUGCAGUCGUCACAGAAGAAACAAUUUUUCAUCCCCAAGGAGGAGGUCAGCCCUCAGAUAUUGGAAAGAUAAAGGAUGAGGCUGGGGCUUCAUUCACUGUUGCGUCUGCUCGUAUGGAUGCUGUUCGCGAUGGUCAGGUCUUGCAUUUCGGAAGAUUCGACUCGGAUAAGAAGUUCACGGAAGGACACAAGGUCACGCAAGAAAUCGACGUUGAGAAGCGCCUUCUCUACUCUCGAUAUCACACCGCCGGUCACGUCCUCGGCUCAGCAGUCAACCAUCUCCUCAAAGACACAGUCGAGGGCUUCGAAGAGCUGAAAGCCUCUCACUUUCCCGACUCCGCAUCAUGCGAAUUCCAAGGCCUCAUCGACGGAAAGUACAAAGAGCCCAUUCAAAAGAAAGUCGAUGAAUUUUUAGCGGCCAAAAUGCCAGUUGAGAUUGACUGGUGGGACGCUGAGGAGUUUCGCAAGAAUGGCCUGGAACAUCUUACGCCUGACGCGAGCUUUUUGGGACCUGGAGAGACCAAGUUUCGUGUUGUGAGGAUUGUUGGGGCGGAGGUUUAUCCAUGCGGUGGAACGCAUGUUGAUACUACGGAUCUUUGUGGUGAGACGACGGUUAAGAAGAUUGCGAGGAGUAAGGGAAAGUCAAAGGUCAGCUAUUUGGUGAAAUGA